ACAGCUUCUGCCAAUGCCCUGCUCACUCUGCUCCGUGCUUCUCUCUCCUCCAGGUUGCAGCGUUGCUGUCUCACUGCUGCCUGCUGUAGGGAUCUCGCCGCUGCUCUCAGCAUGAGUCCCAGCCUGACGGAGCUGGACCUGCGUGGUUACCGUGGUCUGGGGGCUGGCGGCGUGCGGCUGCUGUGCGAGGGACUGAGACAUCCCAGCUGCAAGUUGCAGACGCUGCGAUUGAGCCUCUGUAAACGAAAUGCAGAAACAAAGCAAGAGCUGGAGGACGUGAAAGGAAUGAAGCCUGGUUUGGUCAUACAGGUAUUGGAGGUGGACGAGGAGGAAGAUGCUCCUUGGUCUGUCUGGUCAGAUCUGGCAGUGAAAGCACAGCGGUGCCUCCUGCAGUAACACCAGGAAUCGGCUUCUCUGUGCUGUG